UGCGCAUGUACGAAAGUGGAGUUAACUUUGAAAACGAAAGCACUGAAAUCGUAGCCAAAAUUUACCUCAAAAUAUCAACCUGGAAUUAAUUUCGUCAGGAUACAGUUGAAGCAGGUGCUGGCCAGCCUGUAUUUCAUUUUAUCGUUUUCAGCUCAUGGCUCACCAUCGCCCUUUGGGCGAUCCGCUCUCUGGAAUAAACCAAUACUCAUUCCCUCCUAGAAAAGGUCAGCAAGAACUUUCUCCAGGUGGCAGAAAAAACAUGGCAGCAGCUAUUGGCUCCUUGAAAAAAAGGUUGCCUGUUUUCAAUGAUGAGGGUGAUGAUGAUUAUGGAUCAGCUGGAAUGUACUUCAAUCCUUCAAUGUUUCCUCCUCACAGGCCAGAGAAAGAGCCUCAUCUUGGGAGUCUAUAUGGCACACCUUCAGGCAUGCAGUCACCUGGACCUCACCAAUCUAAUUUUUAUGGCUCAGGGCUCCCUAGUUCAGGUCUUCCUCCGAAUGUCAAUUCCAUGCAGGUUCCACCAAAUGCUCCAAGAGGAAUGUCAUCUGCACAGUUUGGCAGAAGCUUGUCACAUCCUGGACCCACCCACUCCACAACAUCAUUGUCUGGAAGUGUAAGCACACCUGGUGUACCCAGUAUUCCAUCAAGUCUUCAUAACAUGGUAGGGUCACAAGGAGGGAACAUGUCAUCGCAGUCAGCAAGUAGAGGGAUUUUGUCAAUGGGGCCACGUGGAGUGAUGGGGCAAAUGCCUCCUGGUCCAGGUCAUUUAGGCAGCCAGAGUGCACUCAAUAGCCUGCCAAAGACAAGUAGAACAAUAUCUAUGCCAUCAUCUUUAUCAAGCGGCUCAUCAAGAAGUUCACCAGUACUAGCAAUCGGAAUGACACCACCACAGGCACCCCAACAACAACAAACACAUCAACCGAGAGGCUUUAACCUUGGGGGUAGUUCUAGCAGUUCUGUGUCUGGUCCCAUGUCAAGUUUUGGUCUUACAAGAAGUCAGUCAACUAGUGGAAUGUCACAGGGUAUGGGUGGUUCAGGGCUUCCUCUUUUUUCAGGAGCAUUUGCACCAUCAGGUGCGCCUGAUUCACCUAAAUCUCUUCGGCAUAUUUUCUCAGGAGCAGGACAAGGCCUUUCUGAUUUAACACCCGGUGGUUCCAGUGGGUUGGAUCUUUCAGAGUUUCCUGCACUCGCAAACAGAAGCCGACUAGAGAAUCUAAGCCGUGUGGAGGGCGUGGCACGUUUGGACAGUAUAGGGGGUGUGAGUGCACCUCCCAGCAGCUUGCCUAGCAGGCCAAGCUAUGGUGUAGUAUCUAAACCUGCCGAGCCUCCACCAGACUUUUCAAUUCAUAAUGAAGACUUCCCUGCUCUGCCUGGUUCAAAUACGUUCAAGUCAGAAAACCAAACAGAAAGUUCUGUGGCCCAAGAUCCAUCCAAACCUCAAAUGCUCAGCACAAGCUCAAGCAUUUUUCCUGGAACAGAUCUAAGAGGAGGCUCUUCCUAUGAACAAGCGUUAAAAGACGUUGCGAAAGACGCGAGAUUUGCAGCAGGAGAGGCAAAGUCAAACUCGUCAAAUCACAAACAACCACCGAGAGGAAUUCAGACGUCACCUUCAGGAAUGAUCUCAAACAUUCCAAAAGGAAUGGUAACGGAUCAGUUUGGAAUGAUCGGACUGUUAACGUUUAUCAGGGCAGCCGAGACGGAACCAAACCUUGUCACACUAGCGCUUGGAAGUGACCUUACGACGUUAGGACUUAACUUAAAUUCACCUGAGAGCCUUUAUCACACGUUUGGUUCACCGUUUGCGGACAGUCCGUGUAGACCACAUGAAAUAGAUUACCACGUUCCGUCGGAGUACCGGAUUAACUCAUUUAUAAGAGAUAAGCUUGCUCCCAUAAAACUAAGUCGGUACGGUGAGGAUCUGCUGUUCUAUCUUUAUUACACCAACGGAGGAGAUAUUCUUCAACUGGCUGCUGCGGCUGAACUGUACGCACGUGACUGGCGGUAUCAUAAAGACGAAAGACUAUGGCUAACGCGAGCUCCAGGUGUUGAACCUCAACUGAAAACGAGUUCGUACGAACGCGGUACAUACUACUUCUUUGACUGUAGUUCGUGGAGAAAAGUGGCCAAGGAAUUCCUCUUGGAGUACGACAAACUGGAAGACAAACCCACGCUGCAACCCGUUUCUGCGCAAUAGAUGGUGUACAAGGCCUGUGGUCAGGCGUUCUGUUUUUCUGCGGUGGCGCAACCGUGAAAAAAAGAACGCCUGAUCGCAGGUUGUUUGCUUGAAUUGCGUUCAUGACAAUGAGAUUCCUCUGUACACUGUCUCUGUAAUAAUACGCUGGUCUUGUUAAAUAUACGUGUAAAAAACUAUUCCAGAUGUGAAAUACCGAAUAUCAAUAAAAGAGACUUUUUGAGCAAUUUGA